AUGUCGAAUUCAUCCGCUGAUCGCGACGACCGACUUCUGAGCAUUGGCAAGCAAUGCUCUGCGCCCUCAUGUUUCCUGGUCGACUUUCUACCCUUCAAAUGUCAACACUGCAACCAUUCGUUUUGUGGCGAACACUUCCUACCUGAGGCACACAAGUGCGACAAAUUCGAUGCCAGCAAGCACAAUCGCGUGGCACCAUCUUGCCCUCUAUGCAACACGCCAGUAGCAGUUCCGCCUGGUGAAGAUCCUAACAUUCGGAUGGAACUUCACAUCAGCACGCAAUGUUCCGUCAUGACUGGGAAGCCUGGCAAGACUUCAUCUAUGCCAGUUUGCGCGAGAGGGAACUGCAAGAAGGUGCUGUUUUCACCCAUUCGGUGCGAUAAAUGCCAGCAGCAAUUUUGUCCCCAACAUCGUUUCCCGAUGGACCAUGCUUGUGCUUCAGCUGUGCCCAGACCCUCCAGUACCCCAGCAAAGUCAGGCUCAAGUGUCGUGGCUCAGACGUCGGCGGCAAGUUCUGCAGCCAUGGCCGCCAUUGAGCGCGGCAUGGCGUCGUCAGGUACUUCGUCCUCUGUCCCGCGACCACCCUCUCGUCCAACACGUGUUACGCGGACGCAGAACAAGCCUCAGCCUUCCGCCAAGGCCUCAUCUUCUACUCCCAAUCUCUUUUCAGCAACCGAUAGUUCCUCUUCUCCCUGUACACUACCACCAACUACUCAACCAUCGGAUAAUGACCUACCUCAAUGUUGUUCACGCAAAUCUACCUCGGCGUCCUCUAAUUCUUUGAACCCUGCGUCAUUCGUUCCGAAACCUAUCUUCGCAUCCGGUUAA